CACACACACACACACACACAGACACAGUGACUGAGCUGGUCCAUGUUGAGCUCAGAGCUCAUGGCUUUCCCUGGCUGAGACACACGCAGACACACACGGUGAAGAAACACACCGAGCGAACCAACAAGAGGGUUUCCUUACCUGCCAUGGGAAUCUAAACCAGCAGUUCAUACUGUGUACCUUUGUCUAGAUGGAUCAUUUGAGAACCAGUAUGAAGACUGUGGAGACCAUUUCAGUCAUACAGAUCUUUUUUCUGCUGGUUCUAGUCACCUCAAGUUACAGCAUACAGAGAGCACCUCGUAUUAUCACCUUAUUAGAGACAGUGGAUGUAUUACUGGAUCACAAUGCCACCUUUAUUUGUGAGGUGGAGUCACGUCCCCCUGCUGACAUUUCCUGGACCAAGAAUAACCACCCAAUUAUGUACUAUGACCCCCGGUACAUUACGAGGGAGCAGGGACAGAUGCUAAUCAUACCUCAUGUAAGAGAGUCAGACAAUGGAGAGUACUGUUGCCUCGCCAGUAAUGGCAUUGGAGAGCCAGCCAAGAGCUGUGGAGCGCUGCAGCUGAAGAUGAAACCACAGAUCAAACGCCAUCCUACCAAUGUAACCCUUCUGGUAGAAUCCAAAGCAGUGUUGCCCUGUGUGACCCUUGGUAAUCCCAAACCAGAUGUCACCUGGCUCAAAGAUGAUGAGCUCAUCAAGGUCAGUGACCGUGUUACCAUCCUCGACUAUGGUGCACUGAAGAUUCAUAACAUACAAAAGGAGGAUGCAGGGCAGUAUCGCUGUGUGGCCAGGAAUAGCUUUGGUUUAGCCUUUUCAAAGCCUGUCACCAUAGAAGUGCAGGCUCCGGCACGGAUUCUGCGGGUUCCAAAGGAGAAGAGAGUGGUGUACGGCAGCCAGAUUACCCUUGACUGUAAUGCCACAGGAAAUCCAAUCCCCACCAUCACCUGGCUGGAAAAUGGGAAUACUAUCUCAGGUGCAUCAGUAGAGGAGACCUUGGUGGGAGAGGUGAUUCUGUCCGUUCUUAAAGUGACAGUGAAUAAGCCGGCUCUGUAUACCUGCCUGGCCUCCAACAGACACAGCGCUGGAGCCAACACCGUCAAAGCAACUGCACGUGUCACUGUCGCAGAGUGGAGACUCUACAAGGGUGUCGCAGGCUACUGCAGUGCCUACCGAGGAGACGUUUGCCGCACCAUCCUGCGAGAUGAUUCGCUGGUUUUCUUUAACUCCUCCCUCUCGGACCCCGAGGACAUGCAGGAGUACCUGGUUCAGAGCUGGUGGACGGAGCUGGAGGGACUCAGCGUGCUGUGUAGCCCUGCAGUACGCUCCUUGCUCUGCCACUCCUCCUUCCCUGACUGCAACCCAUCAGGGUUAGGACCUGCACCUAAACCUGUCUGCAGAGAACACUGUCUGGCAGUGAAGGAGCUGUACUGCCAUAAGGAGUGGUUGGUACUAGAGAGCAGCAGUUCAGUCCAGCCUGGGCUCUUCAGCUCUGUCACUGGGUCCCACACUUCACUGCUGCCCAACUGUCAGGCCUUACCAAGUCUUCACUCAGACCCUGAUUCUUGCACACAUGUCCCUUUUGUAGACAUCAAGAAAGAUCAAGUUACGACAACAUGUUACAAUGACAGAGGCCGUUUCUACCAAGGCAGUGCGAAUGUGACGAGGUCUGGGAUACCGUGUCAGCCAUGGAGCCAACAGGUCCCCCACCAGCACCGCCUGUCUGUGGAUGUCAUUCCAGAGUUGAAGAACUCAGACAACCACUGUAGGAACCCAGGAGGAAUCAGCGACAAGCCGUGGUGUUACACCUCAAAUCCCAACAUACGCUGGGAGUACUGUGCUGUGCGGCAGUGUGGGGAGGCAAGCACCGCACCAGUGGUGAAGCCAGAGACACCAGGCCCUCGUCAGACUCCUCGUCUCCCCCCCACGACCACAGUAUCAUCUCCAGCUUACUCCAUGUCUGUCAUUGUCAUCAUCCUGACCACACUCGCAGCUGCAGUGUUCCUCAUCAUCACCAUCCUCGCCUGCUACAGACGGAGGAAGCAGUGGAGGAACCGAAAAAGAGUCAUGGAGACCCCAACGCUGAGUGCUCUUCCGUCAGAGCUCCUGCUGGACCGCCUGCAUCCCAACCCUAUGUACCAGAGGGUUCCCUUGCUGCUGAACUCAAAGUUACUGGCCCUUGAGUACCCACGAAAUAAUAUCCAGUAUGUUAGAGAUAUUGGAGAGGGAGCCUUCGGACGGGUUUUCCAAGCGAGAGCACCAAACCUGCUGCCAAUGGAGUCUUUCACGAUGGUUGCUGUGAAGAUGCUGAAGGAGGAAGCCUCAGCUGACAUGCAGAAUGACUUCCAGAGAGAGGCAGCGCUCAUGGCGGAAUUCGACCAUCCAAACAUUGUGCGACUCCUAGGUGUGUGUGCAGUUGGUAAACCAAUGUGUCUGAUGUUCGAGUACAUGGCCCACGGCGACCUCAAUGAGUUUCUACGUCGUCGGUCUCCAACACAGUCAGUGCGCACCCUUAGCCACGCUAGCCUGUCGGGUCGCAGCUUCUCCUCUGAGAUGGAGGCGGGACCUCUCUCCUGCUCCGAGCAGCUGUCAAUUUCCAAGCAGAUUGCUGCGGGGAUGGCAUACCUAUCGGAGCGCAAGUUCGUCCAUCGUGACCUUGCGACACGGAACUGCUUGGUAGGGGAGGAGAUGGUGGUGAAGAUUGCAGACUUCGGCCUCUCCAGAAAUAUCUACUCAGCCGAUUACUACAAAGCCAAUGAGAAUGAUGCCAUCCCAAUUCGCUGGAUGCCUCCAGAGUCUAUUUUCUACAACCGCUACACCACUGAAUCAGACGUGUGGGCCUAUGGUGUGGUGUUAUGGGAGAUUUUCUCCCACGGGAUGCAGCCGUACUACGGUAUGGGUCAUGAAGAGGUUAUUUACUACGUGAGGGAUGGUCACAUCCUCUCCUGUCCUGAGAACUGCCCUCUGGAGCUGUACAAUCUGAUGAGGCUUUGCUGGAGCACACACCCCUCAGAUCGGCCCAGCUUCAGCAGUAUACAUCGGAUACUGGAGCGUAUGCAUCAAAACACACUAAGUGUGAAUGCUGAGCCUGAGGCUGACUGCUAACCUGGGAGAUUUUCACAUAAACAAGUCUGUCCCUGUGAGUUAUGUAGUGAUUUAGUGCAUAAUACCACACUUUAAAUGAACUCUGACACUGAGCCUGAGCAGACAAUGAAUACUCAGACUGUGAAGUGCCUUCAAGCUCUUUUCCUGGGCUUUCCAAACCCUUUUGUAUCAUAAACACCUGUCAUAUUUUAGUAACUUGUGUAUUGCUUACUUCUUUAAUUCAGGACUUUAAUUCCUGAUCAGACCCAUCAGACAGGUCUGCUUUAUUUAUGAAAAAUGUUACAUGCAUGUAUGAACAGACCCCUGACCCUAAAGCCUUAACCUUUGAAGACUUGAAGCCACUAACCAUACAGAUGUACCCCUAACCAUAGAAAAAUGUGCUUCAUCCAUUGCCUUUAGAAUUUCUCCUUUUCAUUUUGAGCUCUUUUUACAAAUGGUCUGAACACUGAGGUUAGAAAAUGAAUGGAACAUGACAGCUUCAUAGUAAAUUUUCUCCUUUAAUAGUCACCUCUAGCAAAUUUCACAGUGGCACACAAUCACUUUAUACCAUUGCUGUUGAUUGUUUUUAUAGAAAAGUUGCUAUUCCAUUUUUGGGCAUUCUCUAUAUACUUUUUUUUCCAUCAUGUUGUUGUUGAUCUGUCUUUUUUGUUAUUAAUUUCACCUUUGCAACAGUGUUUGACACACAGACUUUGAUAUACAACUUGUAGAAGACAAUGGUAAAAUUAGUUGCCAACUUGCGUCAUAGUCGCCAUCGUCUCUCACCGAAACACACACACACACACACACACACACACACACACACACACACACACACACACUGACACGUGUUUAAUUAUAAUUUUGCUAAACUUCAUUAGCUAGAUUCAUGCCCUUUCCUCAAAAUAGACUCUUUGGUGGGUGAAGAAGCCAAACUGUCCUUGAGGUGAAAAAUAUCCUUAUUAUGAAAGAUUGAAUUUUUAAUUACUCCUCACAAAGUCAGAACUUCUCUCUUACAGAUCAAAUGUUGGCCCAUGGUCUGAUUUCAUCUGUGUUUAAUUAAUGUCAUUUUUAUUACACAAUACGAGUACAGCAUUGAGAACAUCUCAUGUCAUCAGUCUUUUUGUCAUGUGGAUUACACAAAGCAGUUUUUGUUCUUUUAAAUUUGUUUUGUACAUUUAUUAAAUUAAGAGAUUAAUGUCAAAUUAGUGUAAAUGUUGAUGUUGUCAACUGAAAAUGCCUUUCAGAUGAAGAACAUGUUUUAUUUCUUUUUAAAUGUGGUGUGAUAUUGUGUUUGUGUUAUAUACAUAGAUUUUCACAAUUUUCACCACAUUUACUUCCCAUCAAGUAUGAAAUGUCUUUGUAUUGCUUGCAAAUAAACGUAAUUAUUAAACACA